AUGGCUAGCCCAUUGGUGGUGGAGGUGCUGCUGGUGGUGCUGCCGGUGGUGCUACUGCUGCAGCUCAGUUGCUGCCUUGGCAUGGCGGCACGCGAUACCGAGCCGAUCGUGAGCACCACCUUGGGCCGCAUUCAAGGCGGCACCAUGAAGAGCUUCAGCAACAAGACGAUCUAUGCGUUUCGCGGCAUACCCUACGCCCAGCCGCCGUUGGCGGAGCUGCGGUUCAUGCCGCCCCAGCCGAUUCAUGCCUGGGGAAAUGCCACUUUGAAAGCCACCAGCGAUUCGCUGAUAUGCCCACAGAGUGGCAUCAAAUCGCUGAUGAGCGAGGACUGUCUGAAGCUGAACGUCUAUACCAAGAAUGUGACGGGCAGUCUGCCCGUGAUCGUGUAUAUACACGGCGGUGCCAACGUCCUGGGCAGCGGCCACAGCGAAUACGAGGCUGGGCCCGAGUAUCUGCUGGAGCACGACCUGGUCAUGGUGGCCUUCAACUAUCGACUGGGCGCGUUGGGCUUUCUGGGCGGCAGCAACAAUGCCUAUCUGGAUCAGAUCAUGGCCCUGGAGUGGGUGCAGGCGCACAUAUCGAGCUUUGGCGGCGAUCCGGCUAGGGUUACGCUGCUGGGCUUGAGUGCGGGCGCCAUGGCUGUGAGUCUGCAUCUGGCCUCGCCUUUGUCCAGCGGCCUAUUCCAUGGUGCCAUCCUCAUGAGCGGCUCGGCCACGAAUCACUUUAGCAUACACAACGAGUUCUGGACACGCAUCUUGGCCAGACACCUGGGCUGUCCCUUGUACGAUUCGUACGACAUGACCGAAUGCCUGCGCAACGCCAGCUGGCAGAGCAUCAUCGACGUCUGCAGUGACUGGGAGCAGUACAAGUUCAUCAACAUGAAGUGGAACUAUGAAAUCGAUAGAUACUUCCUGCCCAAUCAUCCAAGCACUCUGAUAGACAAGGGCACAUUCAACCGGGUGCCGCUGAUGGUCAGCUACACCGCCAACGAGCUGGACUUUACGACCCUAGGACAUCUGGAGAAAGAGCUGCUGCUGCACGAUAUCAUGAGUCACUUUCAUGACUGGGCGCCGGAGCUAUUCCUCUUUGACUACAAUGUGGGAAAGAGCAGACGGCUCAAGAAUUUCUAUCUGGGUCGCGAUGCCGACGAGCUGAACGCCACGAACAUUGAGAGAUUCGGCCAAAUCUUCUCCGACGGCAUCAUAGGCCACGGCGUCCACAGGCUCGUCCAGCUGGCGCGCAAGCACACCAAGGUCUAUUACUCACGCAUGGAUUACAUAGGACAGCGGAGUGUCUCGGCGCCGAUGAAUGAGCACAAUCUGCCCAGUGGCGUGGGCCAUGCGGACGACUGGCAAUAUGUGAUGCCCAGCCUGUGGUAUGGCUCAAUCUUGAGUCCCGGUCACAGGGAUCUAUUCAUGAUGGAGCGCCUGACCGGUUGGAUGGCUCACUUUGCCCACACGGGUGAGCCGCUGCAGAACUCCAGCAUCUAUUGGCCCCCCUGCACAGCUGCGCAGAUGCAGAUGCUCUACAAUGAUAACGUCACCAAGCUGGGUCCGCCCGACUUUGUCGAUCGCUACAGAGUCUGGGAUGAGCUUUUCCCCACGCCCCACUCGGAUGGCGCUGCCCGGAGGCCACUCCAGCUCGCCUUUGUCGUCGCCGUGGCCCUGCUCUCCGGGCUAUUCUCGAAAUUAAUGUAGCCAUUAGGUGUGGAAAAAGCUUAUCAAUAGGCAGUUUAGAUUACGCUAAUGACGACGCUUGCUCGCUGCAGCUAUUUACUUUGAUUAAUUAAUCAACAAAGGCGUGAGAUUUUCAAUGUUUUUCUUUCCGAAUAUUGUGAGAGAGUGUUAGAGUGUGUGCCUGUUUGUGUGGUGAUUGUGGAGCUUGUUUUGGCCGAGGCCUUUGGGCAAUUAGUCUGCAAGGCAGCUUAAAUAUACAUUAAUUUGUCUUUAAACGAUUUCGGGCUAAGGAGA